CAGCGAAUGUUGACAGCCCGAAAUCAGCUGCUGAUAAUAACUUUGUCAACUUCAGUGGCUUUUCCUGCACCGUGGCACGUCAGGUUCGGUGGGUUAAAUGACCAUAACAUUUUUGGCAACCCAAGCUGCAGUUUGAGCGAAAAAUUCUGUCCGAAUGGCGUCGCCUUCAAACGGGACAAGCGACCAAAAGGUGGCCCUCAUCACGGGCAUUACGGGACAGGACGGUUCGUAUUUGGCCGAAUUUCUGAUCGAAAAGGGCUACGAGGUGCACGGAAUUAUCCGUCGGGCGAGCACCUUCAACACCGGCCGAAUCGAGCACCUCUACGCCGACCCCAAGACACACAAAGAAGGCAAAAUGAUUCUUCAUUAUGGUGACAUGACGGACAGCAGUUGUUUAGGGAAAAUUAUCAGCAUGGUGCGCCCGAUGGAAAUUUACAAUUUGGCAGCGCAGAGCCAUGUCAAGGUUUCCUUCGAUUUGAGUGAAUAUACAGCUGAGGUUGAUGCUCUUGGUACACUGAGGCUUUUGGAUGCCAUUCGUACUUGCGGACUCGAACGGAAUGUGAAAUUUUAUCAAGCGUCGACAUCCGAGCUUUACGGAAAGGUGCAAGAAACGCCUCAGAAAGAAACAACGCCAUUUUAUCCAAGAUCACCAUACGCCUGCGCAAAACUUUAUGCCUACUGGAUUGUGGUAAACUACAGAGAGGCGUAUAACAUGUUUGCCUGCAAUGGUAUCUUGUUCAACCACGAAAGUCCGAGAAGAGGUGAAAACUUUGUCACAAGAAAAAUAACCAGGGGUGUUGCGAAAAUAUCCCUCGGACAGCUCGAGUGCCUUGAACUUGGUAACUUGGAUUCAAAAAGAGACUGGGGACAUGCGAAAGACUAUGUUGAGGCCAUGUGGUUAAUGCUGCAACAAUCUUCCCCGGAGGACUUUGUCGUUGCUACUGGUGAAACUCACAGCGUUCGGGAGUUUGUCGAAGCCUCAUUUAAACACAUUGGAAUUGAAAUAGUCUGGGAAGGUGAAGGCGUGAAUGAAGUUGGAAAAGAGAAAGUUUCUGGAAUAGUGAGAGUUCGAGUCAAUCCAAAAUACUUCCGUCCGACUGAAGUGGAUCUUCUGCUCGGAGAUUCAACCAAGGCAAAAGAAAAGCUAGGAUGGAUACCGAAAGUUGAAUUCCAGGAACUUGUCACAGAUAUGAUGACUGCUGAUAUCCUUUUGAUGAAGAAAAAUUCCUACGCCUGAUCAAUUUUUAAAAUGGGAACGGUGCAAUUUUUAUGAGAAUGAGAUGCAUUUUUUUUUAUCAAAUUAAGAGUGCUCACAUUUUUUUAAUGAUUUUGCAACUCUUACAGUUAUUCCGUUGGCCUUGCCAAUUUUAUUGUCUAUCAAACGUAUUAUUUUGAAUAAGCAAAUCCAUCUGUUAUUUUACUUCAAUAUUUGUUCAUUUAUUUUGCAUUCCACAUUUCUAAAUUUACAUGUGCAACCUAUUUUUAACUGAAUGAUUGUUUUUUGUGCACAAAUGUGAAACUGUACAGCUAGUCAAAUUGGUCAUUUCGAUUGGAAUAAAAGAAACAUUCUUCUCGUUUGAAAACA